ACACUGCUAGCUGGUCAAUGUUUGUUGAUCAUGUCGAGGAGGAUAAUGAUGGUGGUGUCAUCUACCCACACACUCACUGAAAGCAUUGAUCAACUACUGUAUUCUGAGUGUGACACCAUGAUACAGUGAUGGAGGUACAGUUCUAUUACAACAAGCUGGACGUCAGUGUAUGUUGCUGACACUUUAAUGUGACAUAAAACAUGUGAGAGGAUGUAAGAAAGGAACAUUAUGGUAACAUUAGGAGGCCAUCCCAGACAAACAUCUCCCACCACAACCUGCCGUAGUAUUAAACCUCUACAAAGAUCAUCAAAUGUCCUCAAGAGAUGUAGGUUCUGGCUUGUUGUGUGCCGUCAGAGCCUCAAGGUUGUAACACUAGUACACUGAGGCACAAUUACUGUAGUCUAGAACAAUUCUUUUCAACUGAAGAAGAUUAGUAAACAUAUUCAGGAGAACAUUGUAAACAUGAUUAAUGUAAAUUAACAAACAUCUAAUUUUUACUUUGGAAAUAUGAAAAGUCAAGCUGUUGUGCCUGUACAUGUGAAAUACAACCAGAAUGUAAAGAAGAUUUGAGUAAGUUAAAUGUUUUCCGGUGAAAGUACCAGUAUAUUUUUAAGAGAAAAACAAGGUAACUUAAUUUAGCAUACUAGAGUGUAGGUAGUGUGCUAAAAGUACAGGUAGAUCUAAAUUAUUAGGUGCGCUGUACAAGCAAUUGGUAACAUAGUGUGAACAAUGACUCCCUGGGCCAGGAGGUGGAGUAUUGUACAGUACAGUGUUAAGCACAGUAUUUUUCACAUGUCAUAAUCAUUUAUAUUGUACAGUACUCUGUUGAGACAAAGUUUACCUGUACCACAUGUUUCUCUAAUGGGGCUCUAUAGCUUGAAAAAUUAUCUUCAUACUGUAUUUAGAAUUAUUGUAUAGAUAAAAAUUUACCUCUGUAGAGUACAGUAUAAUAAUUUUCUUAAAGAUACAAAGUGUAAUAAAUUCUAUGAAAAAUGGCUCACACUGUAGAUGAAGAAGCUGUGCCCUUCGGUGAGAAAUAUUUGACAUGUAAGGAGUGUGGUAAAGUGUUUUGCAGUCGUGAAUAUUUACAGAUGCUUAUCAAUAUGGGUGAGUGCACUAAUGAGAAAGAUAUUAAGUGUGAAGGUUGUCUCAUCAGCUUUUACAGUAAAUAUAAUAUGGUGCAAUGUAUGACUGAAAACACAGAUGAGAAGAAUUUUAAAUGUACAGACUGUGAUAAAAGAUAUUCCACAGAAACUGAACUGGAGUCUCACAGAGCUGAACACACUUAUGAGAAACAAUUUAAGUAUGAAGAAUUUGAUAAAAACUUGUACAGUAAUUAUGAUCAAACACAACAUAUGACUUUACAUACUGCUGAGACAAGAUUUAAUUGUGAACUUUGUGGCAAAACUUAUGACACAGAGAAGGAAUUGGAGUGUCAUAAGACUGUGCAUCUUGGUGAGAAAAUAUUUAAGUGUGCAGAGUGUGGUAAAUGUUUUGACAGAAAAGGUAACAUGAAACGACACAUGGCUGCCCACACGGGUGCUAAGAAUUUUAAAUGUGAUGAAUGUGAUAAAGGUUUUCAAGAGAAGAGUGCACUUAUGAGACAUAAAGUUGUGCACACUGGGCAGAGGAAUUUCAGUUGUACAGAAUGCGGUAAAAGUUAUUACAGGAAGGGAACACUGAAGGAACAUUACUUGGCUGUCCACAGUGAUGAGAAAUGUUAUAAAUAUACUGAGUGUGGUAAAAGUUAUGACACACAGAGUGAACUGGAGUAUCAUCAAGCCCCACAAAAUGUUGAGAACAAUGAUAGAGGUGAAGAGUGUAGUAAAAGUUGUUACUUGGAGAAUGAACCAAAGAAUAUCAUGGCUGCUGAGAACAUUAAUGAGAAAGAUAUCAAGUGUGAAGACCUUGAUGAAAAGCAUUGUAGUCAGUAUGACGUGAUACAGCAUAUGACGGCCCACACUGAGGAGAAAGAUUAUAAGUGUUUGCAGUGUGGUGAGAGUUAUGUUACUGAAAGUGAGUUGGUGUUUCAUAUGAUCAUGCACACAAGUGGGAAGGAUUUUGAAAGUGAAGAGUGCGGUGAAAGUCUAUACACGCACAGUAGUAUGUUGGAGCACACUGGGGAGAAAAAGUUUAAGUGUGAAGUGUGCGGUAAAAGUUUUGACAGAAAGGGUAACAUGAAGAGGCAUAUGGCUGCCCAUUUUGGUGAGAAAAAUUUUAGGUGUGAAGAGUGUGGUAAAAAUUUUCAGGAGAAGAAUGCUCUACAGCGGCAUUUGAUUGUGCACAGCGGCCAGAAAAACUUUACUUGUGCAGAAUGUGGUAAAAGUUACUACAGGAAGGGAACUCUGAAGGACCACAUGGCUGUCCACACCGGUGAGAAGAAUUUUUUGUGUGAAGAAUGUGGUAAAAGUUUCUAUAGGAAAAUUGAGCUGGAAAAUCAUAUGUCUGUACAUAAUGGUGAGAGAAAAUUAAAAUGUAAAUUAUGUGGUGAAAAUUUUUACAGGAAAAAUGAUCUGGAAAACCAUGCAGCUGUGCACACUGGUAAGAAGUACCUGAAGUGUGAAGAGUGUGGUGAGAGUUUUUACAGAAAGUGUGAACUGGUAACUCAUAUGACACUACAUUCUGGUGAGAAAAAUUUCAAGUGUAAAGAGUGUGGUAAAGCCUUUAAACUGAAGACUGCGCUGUUGACUCAUAUGACUGUACACACUGUUAAGAAAAAUUUCAGAUGUGAAGAAUGUGGGAAAUGUUUUUAUAGAAAGGGAUCACUGAAGGAACAUGAGGCUGUACACACUGGUGAGAAAAAGUUUGAGUGUAAAAUAUGUGGUAAAAGUUUUCAAACAAAAUAUAUUCUGGCAAAACACUGGGUUGUGCACUCUGAGAAAAACUUCAAGUGUGAAGUGUGUGAUAAAUGUUUCAAGGAUUAUAAUGCUCUUCUGGAUCAUAUGAUUGUUCACACUGGUGAAAAGAGCUUUAAGUGUGAAGUUUGUGGUAAGAGUUAUUAUAGGAAGGGCUCUCUGAAGGAACAUGUCGCUGUACAUAGUGGUCAGAAAAAAUUUGAGUGUGAAAUUUGUGGUAAAAAGUUUUACAAAAAGCCUAUUCUGAGUCGACACGUAGCUUUGCACGCUCGUAAGAAAAGCCUAAGCUGUGAAGUGUGUGGUGAAAGCUUUCUAAAGAUGACCUUUUUACUGAGGCACAUGAGCAUACAUAGUACUAGGUUUUUACCCAAAGAACAGCCUACUGGUGUGUACUUCUGGACACUGAAGAAAAAAAGCUUAGUUGUGUCAGUGAUACUCAAAUUGGCUGUGUACGUUGAUGACAAAACUUAUGAGUGUGCAGCUUGUGGUAAAAGUUUUUGUAGUAAUGAAUAUUUGGAAAUGCAUGUUUGUGUGACUGAGGAAGUUGCUGAGAAAGAUAUUAAGUGUGAAGAGUUUGGCGAGAGCUUUUAUAGUAAAUAUGACAUGACACAACAUAUGACUGUUCACAAUGCUGAGAAAAACUUUAUUUGUGCUGAGUGUGGCAAAAGUUAUUACACAGAAGGUGAACUAGAGUAUCAUAAGGUUGUUCACUCAAAUGAGAAAAAGUUUAAGUGUACAGAGUGUAGCAAAUGUUAUUAUAGAGAACGUUCUCUGAAGCAGCAUAUGGCUGGCCACAGUGGUGUGAAAAAGUAUAAAUGUGAAGAGUGUGACAAGAGUUUUGUCACAAAGAGUCAUUUCAAUUAUCAUAUAACUGUGCACUCUGGUGAGAAAAAAUUUAAGUGUGAAGUGUGUGGUAAAAGUUAUUACACACCAAGUAACCUGAAGCAGCAUGUGGCUGUGCACACUGGUGUGAAAAAUUUUAAAUGCGAAGUAUGUGAUAAAUGUUUUGACAUAAAAGGUAAUAUGAAACGACAUAUGGCUGUACACACUGGUGAGAAAAAUUUUAAGUGUGAAGAAUGUGGUAAAAGUUUCCAGCAGAAGAGUGCACUGCAGACUCAUGUGAUUAUGCACACUGGCAAAAGAAACUUUACUUGUGCAGAAUGUGGUAAAAGUUACUACAGAAAGGGAACUCUGAAGGACCACAUGGCUGUCCACACCGGUGAGAAGAAUUUUUUGUGUGAAGAAUGUGGUAAAAGUUUCUAUAGGAAAAUUGAUCUGGAAAAUCAUAUGUCUGUACAUAAUGGUGAGAAAAAUUUCAUGUGUAAAUUAUGUGGUGAAAGUUUUUACAGGAAAAAAGAUCUGGAAAACCAUGCAGCUGUGCACACUGGUAAGAAGUACCUGAAGUGUGAAGAGUGUGGUGAGAGUUUUUACAGAAAGUGUGAACUGUUGGCCCAUAUGACACUACAUUUUGAUGAAAAAAACUUCAAGUGUGAAGAAUGUGGGAAAUGUUUUAAGCAGAGAAGUGCUCUGUUGAGUCAUAUGAAUGUACACACUGUUGUGAGUAUAUUUAAGUGUGAAGACUGUGAUAAAACCUUUUACAGGAAGAGCUCCCUGAAGCGACAUCAGGCUGUACACACUGAUGAGAAAGAAUUUAAAUGUAAAAUAUGUGGUAAAUGUUUUCAAACGAAAUAUAUUCUGGCAAAACACUGGGUUGUGCACUCUGAGAAGAACUUCAAGUGUGAAGUGUGUGAUAAAUGUUUCAAGAAUUAUAAUGCUCUUCUGGAUCAUAUGAUUGUUCACACUGGUGAAAAGAGCUUUAAGUGUGAAUGGGAAGGGUUUAUGUGUGCACACUGUAGUAACGUUUCAGACAAAAUGGCCCAGUCUAUAGAUCAAGUAGUUGUGUAUAUUAAAGAGAAAAACUAUACGUGUGAAAAGUGUGGUAAAAGUUUUGAUAGUAAAGAGUAUUUACAACUGCAUGUUUGUAUGGAUGAGGUCACUGAUAAGGAAGACUUCAAAUGUGAAGAGUUUGAUGAAAAUGAGAGUAAAUAUAUUCCAACACAACAUAUGACAGUGAUCUCUGAGGAGAACAAAUUUAAGUGUGAAGAACCAAGUAAAAUUUGUAUCACAGAGGGUCAUGAGGCUGCAGGCUCAGGUGAGAAGGUUUUUGAGUGUGAACUGUGUGAUAAAAGUUACUACACUAAGAGUAAUCUGAAACGGCAUAUGGCUGUGCACACUGGUAAGAAAAAUUUUAAGUGUGAAGAAUGUGGUAAGAAAUUUUACUUUGAAUGUAAUGUGAAGAGACAUAUGACUGUGCACACUGAUGAGAGAAAAUGUAAAUGUGAGGAAUGUGGUAAAAGGUUUCACACACAGAGUGGUGUAAGGAGACAUAUGGCUGUGCACUCAAGUGAGAAAAAUUUCAAGUGUGAAGAGUGUGGUAAAACAUUUAGUAUGAAGAGUCAUGUGACGAGGCAUAUGGCUGUCCACAGCACCAAUGCAAAAGAUAAAGAGUUCAAGUGUGAAGUGUGUGGUAAAGGUUAUUCUGUCAAGAGUAACGUCAAGAAACACAUGAUGACUGUUCACUUGGGUGAGAAAAAUUUUUUGUGUGAAGUUUGUGGUAAAUUAUAUCAUGAAAAGAGUACACUAGAUCACCACCUGUCUGUCCAUGCCGGUGAGAACAAACUGGAGUGUAAAGAGUGUGGGAAGGUUUAUGGCAGCAGGAACUCUCUAGCUGUUCAUAUGACUGUACACUUUGGUGAGAAGAAUUUUAAAUGUGAUAUGUGUGAUAAGAGUUUUUACCUGAAGAGGAAGUUGAAGCAGCAUAUGAUUUUGCACUCUGGUGAGACAAGGUACAAGUGUGUAGUGUGUAGCAAAGGUUUUUACUCACAGAGUGGUUUAAAACAGCAUAUGCUUGUGCACACUGGUGUGAGAAAUUUUAAAUGUGAAAUUUGUGGUAAAAGGUUCUCCUUAGUGGGUAACUUGAGGAAGCAUAUGGUUUUCCACACUGGUGAAAAAAACUUUAAGUGUGAAGAAUGUGGUAAAUGUUUUUAUAAAAAGACUCACCUAAAGCAACAUAUGUUUGCACACACUGGCAAGAGAAAUUUCAGUUGUGCAGAAUGUGGAAAAAGUUUUUUUAGAAAAGAGUAUCUGAAGAAGCAUAUUGCUACCCACACUUCAUAAGAGAAUUGAAUGUUUGAGUAAGAAAACCGGCAGAGGCCAAAUGUUUGUUAAAUUAUUAGUGGUAUGAAUCUCUCUAAUUUAUGACAAAUUGCCUGAAUGUCCACCCCUGGCACAUUGUGAAUACUAUACAGUACUUCUCUUGAUAGCUACAGUACUGUACUUGUAAUUAUUAAGUGUGAUUUACUCAAUAUUUCUUCAAUUUCUGUUAUGAGCUGUCCAAUACAAAAAGAAAAUCAAAUACUGUACAUCACUGAGUUAUACAUGCAUAGAAUGAACGUAAUACCAAGUGAACACAUGACUCACUGUGCUACUGUACCUACAAGAGUACCUGAGCUGUGAGGGAUAAUGUGAUGUGAUCAUUGAUACAUGAGACUAUAGAGGCCAGGCUGUCUGAGCAGGCAUUGGUGAUUUUGUUGAUGUUAUCCACUGUUUGACUUGAUGUUAUUGCAUGUGGAUAUUUACAAACACCCACAUUAAACAUUCAUUCUUAACAUAAGCCUUAUACUGUACUGCACUACAGUACUUCUCUUGACACUUGUUGUUCAGAUUUUAUAAGGUGUUAUUUGUGGGAAAUAGUUUUACUUUUUCAAACUCUUACUGAAGCUGUUUCUCACAACAAGUGGAGUACCUAGUAAACACUGAGACUGUACAGUACACACUACAGUAUUAUGUUGUGAAGAUGGUGAGUGUACAGAAUCUUGUGUUUGGUCAUUGGUCGUACAGUAUAACACAGUAGAGUCGUGUGUGUCGACGCUUUACGUUGUCACGGUCAUUUACUCGUCCAGUCAGUCUUGUGAAUCUAGAAAGUACUGGCAUGAACCCUAUUGCCACUAGCCUGAACUUUUCAUGUAUGUACUGUAAAUAUCUGUGCUGUACCGCUAUGUAUUUUCAUGCUUUAGUACAAUAUUUAUUAAUAAAGUCGUAGAAAAAACUGUGUUGUGUUUUAAAGUCUACAUUUAUCUCUUAAGGGUAACCAAGAGGGCUGGAGGAUGAAUGAUAUACAGUAAUGUACAGAACAGGGUCAUUUUUUUAUUCGAGAACAACUAAAUGAUUGUUAUAUUUUAGGACGUGCAAUGAACAGGAACCUAAAAAUCAGUAGGAAUAACAUCUGAUCAUUGUAAAAAACAGGAAACAUUAUAUAAGUUCUUCACAAUAACAGGAUCAGACUAUUCCUACUGCUUAUUGCACGUCCUGAAAUAUAAUAAUCGUUAAGAAUUCUCAAGUAAAAAAUUUCCUUUUAUGUCAAUGUGGUGAAAGGAAUCACCACCAACUAUGAUAAUAAUACUGUAUCAUCACACACACACACCGUUGUUUAGUAACAUAAAAAUCAAAUUAGUUUUAUCAUCUAAAUAUUUAAUAUAUGUACUGUGUAGUACCUGUCACACAUCUAUGAAAGUUGAUAUGAAAUAACACCAGUUAUGAUAAAGUGUCAAACAGGAGUACAUAAUGGUUGGACAUGAAGUACAAGACAAACUGUGACUUAAGUGUAGACCGCAGCGAGCUCAGGUGCGGACCCCAGCAUCUCAUCUCUCUCCUUUUAAAGUACAUAUUUAAUUAGCAGUACUGUACUGUAUUUUUUUUAUUAUCUCUUGUAGUCUUAUUUGUUUAUUUUUAUGUCAUUUUAAAUGCCGCCAUUCAUCCGGACCUUUGCCACCUCGGAUACUUGUGUACUGUAACCGGACCUUCAAAAAUAGUAGCUAAGUAACUCUGAUGUAGAGGAAGAUGCCUGUAAGUCUGACUGUUAAAUAAAUUUCAAAUAUAUUAAAGGAGAAAAAAUCCCUGUUUUAAUUAAAUAUUGGCAAUUAAUGUCUCUUUUUCCACAAACAACCUUUUACUGAUCAGUGUACAGGACAGUAUCACAUAUGUUGUUACAUACCAAAUCAUCAACUUUAUUUGGUUAUUCCUGUACAGUACAAUAAUAUUUAAAUAAAUAGAUAAUAUAGUCACGGUUACUUUUUCAAAGGGAUAAUAUUUCAUUAAGAAUUCCAUUUGCCCAUUCAGGUUGGUAAUUUUAAUUUUACCUCAUCUCUACCAAGGUUUCACUCAUCUUGAAUGAGUAUGAUAAGGUUAUGUAAAUCUGUAGUAAGCGAGUACCCUGUAUAUAUUAAUGAUAUUGUUCGUUUAUAUAAACAGUGAUACUGUCCAGCACAUCAAUGAGGGACAAGACAGGAGCAUCAUGAUCAACUGUUGAAAUAUUCACUGCACAGAUUAUUUCUCUUACAGCUUCAUGACAAAGACAAUAAAGGUUAAUCAAGAGAGCAGUUUGUAAGAACUACAAUAGUCCUGCACCUUAACAAUGUCCACUUUA